UUGAAACACCUGACCGGCCAGUGCGGCAUGGACUCGUGCGCCAGACACUUCUUUAAAUACAAGUAGCACGCGUAAACAAAACUUCCAAGAUUGAUUUCGCUCUCAAUAAAAAGCCUAUAAACAAGCUCAACGUACGGAAGGAAGACAAAAACAAACCCGUGUACCAUGUGCCUCGAGACCGAGAGACUGUCGCGGACGGUUGGAUGAAUUUAUGAAAAUCUCAUUCACGUGGAUACGAGCAAUAAGGAUAGACAAAAAUACCCAUAGAAAAAACUCAUUCUUGAGACUCGGAUAACUCGUAAGUGAACCAAUAAAAAAAAAGUGUCUUCGAAUCACCGGAAUGGGAUAUGAAAAAUAUCUCGAUCUUUCCUCGAUCGAUUAUUUUUAAUUUUAUCCAAAAUAUGGAUCGCGCGUGCCAACUUCUCGAAUAGAUACUCUCCCGUAUCAAUGCGGAGAAUUUUAGUGCGAUUCGUGACACGGUACUACAGCUGUAGUGGUACCCCAUCUUAGAAACCAGACAACGAGGAUGUAAGGAUAGGCCUAACCUAUAUCGAGCAUUCCGUCUCUUCAAGAUGCUGCUCCGUCGGCUCGUAUUUGUGAUUUCACUCGUGAUACUUGUUUAUGCCGAUGACGACACUACACCUGCGUACGAGGAGGACCUUCCGGUUGGGACCGGUGACUUCAUCCAUUCCGUCGAUACAGUUCCAGCUGUACCGUUCGGCAAGAACCGACAGGGUCGAAUGUCCCUACACGCAGAGUUGCCAACGUCAAAGGCUAAAAGGGAGCAGGAGCACAGAGAGAUACUAGCUGCCAAACGCCGACAGAUUUUAGGUCACAGAUUGAACGAGCAAUUGCGAUCCCUGAGGAAUCCAAGACCACGUGGUACAAUUCCCAAGGACAUCGGUGAAGUCCUGGAGAUGCAGGAAUCCCGUCAUGGCAUUUACGUGACAGUUCCUGAGGGGGUCGAAGUAGAAAUCGCCGUCGACGAAGAGGAUCCGGAACCGCUUGCUAGGAGCUUCAUAAAAACUGCGAGUAAUCGAAACGAAAGUAAAAAUACUAACGAUACGGGAAAGGAACCAAAAUUAAUCAAGCAGUUGUUAGAAUUGAAAAAUUUAUCCGUCAGUGGUUCGACCCAUGAUAACGAGAAGAAUGCGCGUGGCAAUUACUCGAGCACCAAUAGGAAUUCCUCGUUGGCUAUUACGAAUAACCAAAAGUCUCUGGAGCAUGACGCUCGCAGGAAGAACAUAGUGCCAAUGCCCGAUUCACUGUACAAUCACUUCAGACCGGUAGAGAGCAACAUUCCCAUUGAAGACAUGUCGCAAUUCCUUUACUUUGGUCAGAAAUUGCAUCCAGAGACGCAUAAUACAACGAGCAGCAAUUCCGUGGAAGUGAGGCCCACAGUACCAACUGUACCAAGCCCAAGAAGAAGAUUCUCCAUGAAGAGAAUGAGCGUUGCCACGAGUACGAUCAGCAGUACGAGUCCGGUGCCAAAAUUGGAGGAGAUAAUUAACGAGGAGAUGAAUAUCGCCGUGGAACAACAGACUGUUGAGAAAAAUAAAAUAUCAAAGCUCAAAAAUUCAUUCAGGAGUCACGGUAGCGGACUGUACUUCAGGAAGUCUCCCGUGAGACCUUCCGAUCCUACCAUAGUAUCGAACAUCAUUCCCAGUAAGGAUGUUGUCGGAAACGCGUCGAUCGCUACAAGAAAUUCAGAGAAGAGUGAAACCGAAAAGAAUUUAUUUCAAGCCGUGAACUCGUCCGCUCACGCAUUUCGGGAUCCGAUGAACAACUACGAGCCUGGAGGUGCAACCCACGCAGUUGAUUCAAUUGCGAGUACCACUGACACGACCCAGAUACGAAAGAAUGUCGAACCGACACAUACCGUACCAAGUGAAAAUUCAUCGAAAACCAUAUAUAAUUCCCCUUUGGGCAUAUCGAGCAUGGAGAACAACGUCAGUACAACCGAACAAAAACAGACGUCCAGAACAAUAGACAGAAAUAGAACAGAAGCAACGAGAGACAUGGUAGCUCAAUACACAGAGUAUUUAAGAGCUCGUACUAUUUUAAGAAAUACCAACAACAGUCAAACAAUGAACAACAAUGAGACAGUAGAGGAAACAUCUUCUUCGUCAACAGUACCGUCAGCAACAUUACGUAUCGUAGUACCAGAUUCGAGGAAGGACUCGAAAAGGAUGUCCAAGACGAACGAGACGUCAGAACCCGAAAAAGUCCCGUCGUCAAUCCCAUUAACUUCCGCUGGCUCAAAGCCUCCUGACGAUCCAAUAAAAUCGAAUAUCUCCUCGAGUAUAGUAAAGCCGAUUCCACCUGUUGCACCGGGAGCGCAACAACACGUGUACGCGUACACGAUAACUAACGUGACGCGACUAUUGCGCAACUACACCGGACCUGGGUUAAGCAAAGAAGACCAGCUCCGUGUGGUGAGCAGCGCCAAGAGCGGGCAGCAUCAGCAGAGGCACCAGCAGAGGCAGCAACAGCAGCAACAGACCAGCCCGAAGAUAAGGACCAGUACGAGUGGCUCCAUAGAAGCUGGCGUGCGUACCGGAGCUGAACUCAGUGCCGGUGCGGCUCUCGUUGGAGAUACAACUGUUGCGCUCACGGCCACGGGUAACGACGAAACAACAUUAACGGAUACGGAAACGCGUGUCGGGGGUCAUAGUUCGCGAAGGAAAAACAAAACCUCGGCUAGAGGCCACGGGAGACUGGAAGGCCACGUCGGGACGAUCAAUUUUCAAGAAGCUGAAAGGACACUCGUCAAAUCUGCCAGUGCCGUACUUAAUCAGAGAAGCUUCGUGCCGGAAGAGAACGAGCAUUCUGGAAGUAACGGGAAGUCAAUGACUGUUGAGAAUAAUAGGGUGGGGAUUAAAUCUAUUUUCAAGGGGCUUAUGGACACGAGGAAUUUUACCAAGGAUAAUUUUACUGGGGAUAAGAAUGAGAUGCGUGGUUUGGGUGCAACGACGAUUUUGGAAAGUGAAUACGCUAAGGGUGACGUUAUGGGUGCUCUUGAUGGGGUAAGUGAAACUGUUAUCAAAGGGGUGGGCAGUAGUAAGGUUUUUGACGAUGAGGAUGGGACCGAUACAAAGUUUACAAAAAUUGAUCGGCAGGAUGGAUUGGCCAAUUUUAAUGACAGUGAGACAUUGAAUGGCGACAGUGGUACCGGUGCUAGUCUUACUAUUAAAACUGUUAAUGUCACUAACGAACGGGAUGACACGAUGACAGUCACGGUGAUCAUGACAACGACAGAAAUGGAAAUUGAUAUGGAAACUGAAAUGUCUACUACGGAUCCCCCCAAAGAGAUAGUACAAACUGAGAUGCCUUCUGUAUUUCCUGUAACUCCAAAAAUGUUCACAGACGCCAAUAACAAUGACGAACCGCCGAUCACUGAGAAACCAUUAGAAGCCACGACGGAAAUUCCAAAAAAUAAUUCUGAUCCUAGUAGACCAUUCGGAGUAGCCGAGGAGUUAGAUCCUUCUGAAAUUCAAAAAAGGUAUAGAUCAUCGAACGGUGUACGUACGGAAACAACGAAUACGAUACUACCGGAUAUUCAAGAGACAACAACCGUAACGAUAACGAAGGAAUUACGUAAGCCAAUGAACGGCGAACGAUCGCCGGAAGUCAGAGGACGAAACCUGUCGGAUAAAACUAAAGAUAAAGAUGACGUACUUCCGAUAAUGCAUCUUUACAACACGACCGACAUAUUUAAUGGAAAUACUAGUAGGAGUAUGAAUACUAACGGAAGUGCAAUACCCCAUCUGGUACUUCCGGUUGAUACCGGAAGCGACGAAAAAAGGAGCAAUCAGGAUAAAGACGGUAACCUGAGGAUAACAAAAGAAAUGCAAGAGCAGGAAGAAACGGAAGUUGAAAAAGUCAAAGUUGAAGAAGAAAAGGAAAUAAUAACAAGAGGAGAAACCACAGCCACAGAUCCAACACUCGAUCCAUCCUUAACAAAAAGGACGAAUAACAGUGAUUCUCUAUCAAGUGAUAAAACGACAGAGUUCCCGGAAGUUCUGAGCACUGCGAGAAGGGAAAGACCGGAAGUCAAUCGUGAAGUUUCGCAGGAUUCCACGCACCAUUCAAAUAACACGAGAAUUGCCAAUUCGACACAUGGUGGACAAAAUGGCAACAGACACAGAGUCAGGACGAAUUAUUAUCCAAACCUACAAGCGUAUCCAUCAGCUGACAUGAACAGGAGCUAUUUUGAAGCCGGAAUGAUCACCGGAAGUCCGCGUGAAUCCGUCAACAUCAGUGAAGUGAUAUCAAAGAGACACGAUGGCGAUACUAUUGCAACCCAAGAUACGGUCACUGUAGUUAGCUACAUUUUGGCAACGCUUCUAGUUUUCCCAUUAGCCUUGGGCUUCGGACUAAUUUUGAGAAGACUGAUCAUUAGGAAACGUAAGGUGCUCGAGGAGUCCGACACGUCCUCGGAAAUAAGUUGCAGAAAAGAUGCGCUCAAUCUCGAGAAUGGCGACUUCAAAACGACCAUUGAGAAAACGAUAACGAAACUUCCAAGGAUACAACAUUUGUGCCACGAAGCCGAGAAACCGCCGCCGCCACCGUCUCAGGAAUCUAGAUGGGAAUUCCCCAGGGACAAGCUCAGACUGCAGACGGUUCUUGGCCAAGGAAACUUUGGUCAGGUUUGGAAAGCAGAGGCUGACGAUUUGACAGGUCAUCAGGGCACUACGAGGUUGGUAGCCGUGAAAACAGUUAAGGAAGGUGCUUCGGCAAGGGAAAAAGAAGAUCUGGUACGAGAAUUGGAGAUAAUGCAACAACUGGGAAAUCAUCCUAACGUCGUCACAUUGCUGGGAUGCUGUACGGAUGAAGAACCCCAUUAUCUUAUCUUGGAAUACGUGAUGUACGGAAAACUUCUGGCUUAUCUGAGGGAUCAUCGUACGCGUCAGGAUUUUUAUAAUUUUAGCGAAGACUCUGCAGCACUGACCUCCAGGGAUCUUACGGUUUUUGGAUAUUGCGUAGCACGUGGCAUGGAAUAUCUGUCUUCGAAAAAGAUAAUUCAUAGAGAUCUUGCAGCCAGAAACGUUCUAGUGGAUCAUAACAAGCUCUGCAAGAUUGCCGAUUUUGGAAUGUCAAGGUUCGCAAACGAGGACGGCGAGGUCAUCGAAGCCAGACAUGGCAGAAAUGCUUUGCCGAUACGAUGGAUGGCGCCGGAGUCACUCAUAUAUUCUCUAUUCACAACAAAAACCGACGUCUGGUCCUUUGGGAUCCUAAUGUGGGAAAUCGUGACGCUCGGAUCUACACCCUAUCCGGAUAUGACUGCGAGGGAAGUCAUGAGGAACGUUCAAAAUGGAUACAGACUCGAGAGACCGUCUCAUUGCAGAAGCGAACUCUUCAGGGUGAUCUCCAGGUGUUGGCAAGCUGAUCCUGAUCGACGUCCGGAGUUCCAAACGCUCAGACGAGACCUCGCCCAACUUCUCGAAGACAAUAUGAACGGACAUUACGUAGAUCUCGAGAGUUUUGCCUCGGAGUGUACCGACUGAACGCCUUUGAUCUGUAGAAAGUAAUCAUGAAGAUAAAUACAAACGUGGAUUCUUUCACAAUGCAGGCACUGAGGAGAAGGGAUUGGAUUUUCAGGACGAAGACAUUUGAUAAAAUGCACAAAAUAGAAUGAGGAAGUGAGAUUCGCGUGAGAGUAUCGAUGCGCGCAUGCGCAAACGACAUCUUCGUCAGAAGGUGCUUCCUCUCAAUACUUGUAACCAGUGCCGACAGCGAAGCACGAUUGAAAGAAAAGAGAGAAGAAGAAAGACAAGAGCAAACCCUUCGGAAAAUGAAAGUACUUCCACUGAAAAUGGUGGAUACGUAUUUCCUAAUGGAAAUAUGUAUUAACAGUUAAUUCUUCUUUUUCUUCGGUAAAUACGGUGGCGCCAACCACGUGUCGCGAAUCUCUACAAAGUAUUUUCAUUAGUAUUAUUAUAAGUAGCAUUUCCUGGUGAUAUAGACGCCAUUUAGUUUUGCGCACACGUGUACUGGUCCUCUCGAAUAGAGUCGCGAAGCGCCUGUAAAUAAUAAUAUGUAAACUUUGCGAAAAGUCCCUAUACGAAUCUAUAUUAUAAUAUCGCCGCCAAUCAAAAGCACAAAAAAAUAUAUAAACUCGCAUUACGCUCUCCUCGCCCAAUUUUUUUUUACAUGGUAAUACUUAUCAGACAUAAUCGUCCUUGUGUUUUAGAACCUUUAGUACUUGUAUCAUUUGUAGCGUUUUAUUAUUUUUUUUUUAUAUAUAUAUUAUUAUUAUUGUCAUAUCUGGUACAGAUCGUACUGCUUUUUUUUUUAAUUAAUCUUAAUCAUUCUAGUCUUUCGACAUGUUUGGGGCGGCGAUUGGUUCACAUCAAAUCACGAAAUCCCACGAAUUUUAAAUUAAAUCGGAAAGUACUCGCGGAUGCGUGCGCGUACGCAAGUGCGUGUAAUAGACGCACGGAAAAUUGGCUCACCAUUGUGAUAUACUAUAUACGAUACGCGUGUGUAGACGUAUAAUAUAAGGAAAUAAAGUUAUUCAUUUUAUGAUGUAGCAUAGGUGAUUUCAUGAAAUUUGACGAAGUUUUAUUCUUACGGAUUAAAGCCGGUUGUAGCCCCACGUCUGUCAAUUUAUAUUAUUUUAUUAAGUCCGUGCGAUUGUAAGUGCGUAAUCGCAAAACGUCAUUCUAAGCCACGUACGUAUCUCGACGAGCGACGUCUGUGUAAUAUGCAAUAAUUAUAACAUUGCAUAGGCAUUGCGUAAAGAAGCGUUACGCGAAGAAAAAAAAAACAUAAACAAAGAAAUAUAUAGAAAUAUAGCGGCCUGUAUCGUCCAUUUUGUAUAACCGCAUUAUUUCGCAUAUGAAAAAUUUAUGAAAAAAUAUACAGUUAUACAGAUAUUACACGAAACUGUACUUAGACUCCAAUUAAUACUUUAUUACGGAAUCUCUUUAUCCCCCAUCCUAACCAUUUUUUGUCAGUAAAUGUUAUUGUAUUUUUA